CUAGCACGGUGUAUAUACAAAAUCCUGAACAAUGGACUCCGCUUCCACAUAUUGUUAUACUUUGUCACGAGACUUUCUCCCAAAAGGCAUUGACAUUCUUCUUCCUCGACUAUCCUGCACUGAGCGCUGCCGGAGUUCCCUUGUACUUAACGAUUCAUGCCAAGUAUCCGCUGGGCUGCGAUCAUCGACGGUGAAGUCAAUAUGUAUGGGCCUCGAUCUGGAGGUGGAUUUGGACAUACCACCAGCGCCCUAUUCUGAGCUUGCACGACGAACGUCGGUCAGAAAUCGUGGCCUGACCACCAUCAAGAAGUUCUUCAAAAACUUUGCUAGGAGAGCAGCAUGCACGCAACGCAAGCGUGAAACCUUCAAGAAGUCAUCGAGGAGGGGCAGUGACGAUACCAUUUGUAGUCCAAUGUGUUAGCUUAGUAGAAGAUAGCUAUGAUACCCCUGCUCCAGUUAAAUACACCUGCAAUCAACGAAA